AUGCUCACUUAUGGACAAGAGGCAGUUCUCCCUGUUGAAGUUACGGUUCAAUCCCUACGAGUCAGACUCCAAAAUAACUUGGCUAAGGAGGAAUAUUACGAGGUAAUGUACGCUAACGUUGAUGAAUUGGGAGAAAACAGAGCGAUUGCCUUAGAAAAGUUGAUCCUCCAGAAAGAUAGAGUUGCCAAAGCAUUUAAUAAACAUGUAAAGUAUAAACAGUUUGAAAUUGGCGACCUGGUUUGGAAGACCAUUUUGCCAACGAGUUUGAACAGUGAAAAGUUUAGUAAAUGGUCACCAACGUGGGAAGGACCAUUUGUGAUAACCGAGGCAUUCGUCGGGAAUGCUUAUCGAUUAAUGGAUAUCGAGGGAAAGGAGUUUCUCCGUGAUAUCAAUGGCAAAUAUUUGAAGAGGUACUAUCCUACUAUGUGGGAGAUGCGGGAAAUAGAUGAAGAAGAGACUGAAAAUUCCGAAUAA